UUCACACUUCCUCAUGUGGCUCGAUUUAGAGAAACACUAACACAACUUCUUACACUGAGUGGAGGUUUAACAGCUCCUGUGCACAGAAAUGGACCGUGUUCAAGGGGGUAAAGCAUUUGGGCUUCUCAAGUCUCAACAAGAAGAAAAACUAGACUCUAUCAAUCAGGCUUUUCUCUCAGACCCUCAGUAUGCAGAUGAGGAAGACCUUGCUUUAAAGCUCGAAAUGUUUAAAAAGAAAUACAUGGAGUUUGACCUCAAUGACAAAGGAGAUAUAGAUAUGAUGGGGUUAAAACAAAUGCUGGAAAAACUUGGAUUGGCCAAGACACAUUUAGAGCUGAAAAAGAUCAUGUCAGAGGUGGUUGGAGAUGCAUCGAGUGAAAUUAUCAGCUACAAAGACUUCCUGAAUAUGAUGCUGGGAAAACGAAAUGCAAUACUAAAACUGAUCUUGAUGUUUGAAGGCAUGGGAAAGGAACAAGAGCAGAAAGAUGCUGGACCACCUCGUCGCAAAACCCUUUCAGACCUGCCCUGAUGAAGCAUGCCAUCCCAGCUAGCAAUGUGGCAUUAUGACUUUUUAUGGAUUUAAACAAUGCCUAAUCAGUUUAAGGUUCGUUAAUCAUAUUGUAAAAUGUGUCAUUUGGAUGAAGUCAUUUUUAGUAAUUUGAAGUAAAUGUAUAAAAAAAUGUUUGGGCAUUGUCUUGUGAUUAUGACCACAGUAAGGAUUUCCACAUUACAGGCAAUUAAAUUAUUUAUAAAUGUUACAGUAGCAUAGAGUACUGAGGCUACUCUGUAUGCUGCUGCUUCAGGUACUUAGUCAAAUGCAAAGCAUCACCUCAUGACGAAUUAAUAGUAAUUUUAUCUAGAUCAAA